AUGGAUAUCGCAAGCUUUAUUGGAGCAAAUGGGGCUGGGGAAUGUCCCAGAUCCACUCCUGAUGCGGAAGCUAUGAAGCUAACUCCUUGUGUAGAUGCAGCACAAGAUGCGAACGCUGCGGUCUCUAGCAGCUGCUGUACUCAGGUGAAGAGAGUGGGACAAAAUCCAACAUGUCUCUGUGCUGUGAUGCUCUCUAACACUGCUAAGAGUUUCGGGGUGAAGCCGGAAGUCGCCAUCACUAUUCCUCAGCGCUGCAACCUAGCUGAUCGUCCAAUUGGCUACGAAUGUGGGGCUUACACAUUGCCCUGA